CAGUUGGCCGUAACGGAGAAAGCGAGACGGCUUUUGAUUGGGCGCCUGCAGCGCGGAAGCGCUUGGCAGAACCGACGUGUGGAAGCUGGAGCUAUGCUGCUGUUCUGCCCGGGCUGCGGGAACGGGUUAAUUGUGGAGGAGGGGCAACGUUGCCAUCGCUUCGCCUGCAACACUUGUCCCUACGUCCAUAAUAUCACCCGCAAGGUGACAAACAGGAAGUAUCCAAAGCUAAAGGAAGUGGAUGAUGUGCUUGGUGGAGCCGCUGCCUGGGAGAAUGUGGACUCAACUGCGGAGCCCUGUCCAAAAUGUGAACAUCCCCGUGCCUACUUCAUGCAGCUUCAGACCCGUUCUGCAGACGAGCCAAUGACUACCUUCUAUAAGUGCUGCAAUGCUCAGUGCGGACACCGCUGGAGGGAUUGAGGGCAGGACUUGCCUCGCUGAAAGCAUGAAUUUUGUGUGCUGAAGGUCUUUGCUAUAUGAUAGGAAGCUGACUCUUCUGUGGUGAAGGGCCAGGGUGAAACAGCUCAUCUGCAAGUCAGAUAAAGGCCUUAAUGUACAGGCCCUCACGCAGGUCCUCGGGAGACACACAGGAGGAUGCUCACUUGGAUUCAGGGCAAACUAGGAACUUGGUUUAAAGCCAAUAUAUAUAUAUAUUUUCAAUACAGGUUUUCUUUGUGUAGUCCUUGCUGUCCCUGCUGUGUAGACUAAGUUGACCUUGAACUCAGGGAUCCGCCUUCCCCUGCCUCCCAAGUACUGGGGUUAAAGGUAUAUGCCAGCACCGCCAAUGAUCAUCUUGAACCUUCUAAUCUUUUUGCCUCCAUCUCAAAAGUGUUAGGAUUAUAAGCAUGUGAACUAUUUUCAUUUUAUGCAGUGCUGGGGGUUAAACUCUAAGCCUUAUACAGGCUAGAUAAGUAUUCUACCAACUGAACUGUAUCCCUAACCCUUUUUUUCUUUCUAGAGAAAUUAUGAAAAUACUUACAAAAUCACUUUAAAAUUCUGGAAUUAUAUGAGUCAUCUUGUAUGAUUAGUAACUAAACAGAACUAUUCUGUGAACUGGACUUUCUGGAUGAUUUUGAUAGGAAUUUAAAAGUAACCAAAACAUUUUCUAUUACCAGCUUUGGAGAAAGUUCUACAGUAGAGCUUGUGCCUAGCAUUUGAACACCAUCCAAAAAUCUAUUUCAACCUCAAUAAAUUUAGAAAACUUACAUAGUAAGGCUAUGUGAAGAA